AUGAAAUUUAAUGAAAAAUACAAAACUCUUUCAUUCAAUCAACCAACGUUUUGUUCAACAGCUACUUGGAAUUCCAAUGGAAUUACUUUUGCUAAUCGAUCUAUUGUAGGCCAAGAUCCUAGCGCUAUUUUUGUGAACGCAAACAACACAAUCUAUGUAGCUAAUCAAGAAAACAAAACAAUUCUAAUUUGGCACGAAGAGAGUGUCAAUCCAAUAAACAUCAUUCAUGGUAGUUUUACAUGGCCUAAUUCUCUCUUCGUGUUAUCGAAUGGUGAUAUUUAUAUUGAUGAUGGUGCUAUAAAUCGUCGAGUGCAGAAAUGGAUAGCGGAAACAAAUAACUUUGUCACGGUGAUGAUUGUCAACUCAUCAUGUUGGGGUUUGUUUAUUGAUAUCAAUGAUACUAUUUAUUGUUCAAUGUCUGAUCGUUAUCAAGUAGUGAAAAGAUCAUUAAUUAAUUCUAUGAUGACUUCAAAUCAUGUUGCUGCUGGAACAGGUAUUCAAGGAUCAGACUCAAAUCAACUCGGAAGUCCUCGUGGAAUCUUUAUCGAUGUAAAUCUGGAUUUAUAUGUGGCAGAUUUCAGAAACAAUCGAGUUCAAUUGUUCCAGUCGGGAGAACCAAAUGGUAUCACAGUGGCUGGAAGUGGAUCACUAAAUCCAACAAUUACACUUAAUCGUCCAAAUGGAAUUGUAUUAGAUGCUGAGAAAUAUUUGUUCAUUGUGGAUCUAGGCAAUAGUCGCAUUGUUGGCUCAAGCUUGAAUGGCUUUCGAUGUUUAGUUGGAUGUUAUGGAGAGGGUCCAAAAUCCAAUCAACUGAUUAUUCCAAUUAGUUUGAGUUUUGAUCGUUCUGGAAAUAUGUUUAUUACUGAUCAAGGAAAUGAUCGAGUUCAAAAAUUUUUAUUGAUGAACGAUUCUUUUGCUCUUUCAUUCAAUCAACCAACGUUUUGUUCAACAGCUACUUGGAAUUCCAAUGGAAUUACUUUUGCUAAUCAAUCAGUUGUUGGUCGAGAUCCUCUUGCCAUUUUUAUUAGCAUAAACAACACAAUCUAUGUCGCUAAUCAACAAAAUAAUAUAAUUGUAGUGUUGCAUGAAGAGAGUGUCAAUCCAACAAACAUCAUUUACGGUAAUUUUACAGAACUCAGUUCUCUCUUCGUGACAUCGAAUGGUGAUAUUUAUAUUGGUGAUGGUGAUUGUAGUUGUGGUUGUGAUGGUGAUUAUCAUGAUGACGAUGAUUGUGAGGAGAAUGCUCAAGUGCAGAAAUGGAGUGCCGAAACAAAUAACUUUGUCACGGUGAUGAUUGUCAACUCAUCCUGUUAUGGUUUGUUUGUCGAUAUUAAUGAUACUCUUUAUUGUUCAAUGUACGAAUUUGAUCAAGUAGUGAAAAGAUCAUUAUAUGAUUCUGUAAUGGCUUCAAAUCGUCUUGCUGCUGGAACAGGUAUUCAAGGAUCAGACUCAAAUCAACUCGAAGGUCCUCUUGGAAUUUUUGUCGAUAUAAAUUUGGAUUUAUAUGUGGCAGAUUGUGAAAAUCAUCGAGUUCAGUUGUUCCAGUUGGGAGAACCAAAUGGUAUCACAGUGGCUGGAAGUGGAUCACUAAAUCCAACAAUUACGCUUAAUCGUCCAAGUGGAAUUAUAUUAGAUGCUGAGAAAUAUUUGUUCAUUGUGGAUCUAGGCAAUAGUCGCAUUGUUAGCUCAAGCUUGAAUGGCUUUCGAUGUUUAGUUGGAUGUUAUGGAGAGGGUUCUCAAUCCCGUCAUUUGAAUAAGCCAUUUAGUUUGAGUUUCGAUCAUUCUGGAAACAUAUUUGUUACUGAUGAAAAAAAUUCUCGAAUUCAAAAAUUUAAAUAUUUAAAAAGAUAUUGUGCCAAUACUUCCUCAGUUUUCCAAAAUGUCUAUUCAUCAUCAUUGACUAACAACAAUCAAAUUUAUUACCGAGAUUGUGACAAACAAAAUUUUUACUAUGAGUCUAUUCAAGUGAAGGUGAUCGAAAGUGGUUACUACACUUUUCGUGGUAGUGGUGACAUCGAUCCGUAUGGAUCUAUUUACGAAAUCAAAUUUAAUCCACUUGUUCCGCCAGAGAAUUUGCUCGAUCAAGAUUAUGACGGCGGCUCUGAUAUUCAAUUUAAACUUAAUAUCUAUCUUGAUGUUAACAUGCUAUAUGUAUUGGUUGUAACAACAUUUGAUUCAAAAGAAACUGGAGAUUUUUCGAUUGUUGCGUUGGGUAAAAACAAUGUUAUUCUCGAGCGUCUUAGUACUCCAGUAAUUCAAUUUAAAUAUUCAUCACAAUUAACUGAUGAUAGCCCAACAUAUUAUCGAGAUUGUCAAGUACCACAAUGUCAUUAUGAAACUUCACAAAUUCAUGUUAAUACAACGGGUCCAACGGAAAGUAGUUGUGUCAUCGGUGAUCAAUGUAACUUUUACAUCAAAGGAAUUGGUUUGACACUCGAUGAUAUUUUACGCGAUGAACUUCAACCGAACAAGGUGUUGAACAAUCAAUCAUUUUCGAUUAAACUAACUGCAGGCUUAACAAUAAUUAUGUUUGUCGCAGGAUUAAUCAAUAGUAUUCUUUCGUUCAUUACAUUUCAAAAUAAAGAUUCUCAACAAGUUGGAUGUGGAAUGUAUCUAUUGACAUCAUCGAUCACUUCUCUUUUGGCAAUUAGUAUGUUCAUAAUUAAAUUCUGGUUUGUUGUUCUUACUCAUAUCAAUGUGUCCACUAGCCUCUCUGUUCUUCGUGGAGGUUGUGCAUCUAUCGAACCUAUUCUAAAACUUUUUCUUUACUUGGAUGGUUGGCUUAAUGCUUGUGUAGCAGUUGAACGAGCAGUGCUUAUUCUUAAAGGAGUGAAAUUUGAUAAAAAAAAGAGCAAAUCUAUUGCUCGACAAACACUUCUUAUCGUUCCAUUUUGUAUUUUUGGUACUCUUAUUCACGAGCUCGUAUUUCGCAGAUUGUUCGAAUAUGAAACAGCACCAGAUACGACAGAUGCGAGUAAGACUAAUGAAGACACAAUCAAGCGAUAUGUAUCAUGUAUCACUCAUUAUUCUCCUUCUGUCCAACAUUACAAUACAGCCGUUCUAUUUUUUCAUCUUGUUGGUCCAUUUAUUGUUAAUCUUUUCUCUGCAUUGUUCAUCAUCUGUGGAGGUGCUCGACAACGAUCAAUGGUACGAACUAACCAAAGUUUUAAAGAACAUAUUCAACAACAAUUCAGUGAACAUAAACAAUUAAUCAUUAGUCCAAUAGUUUUACUUGUUUUAACAAUACCUCGUCUCAUUAUUUCAUUACUUCCUAGUUGUGUGAAAACAUCUGAAAACUUGUGGUUGUAUCUUGGACCAUAUUUCAUUUCUUUUACUCCUUCGAUGCUGAUCUUUCUUAUCUUUGUCUUUCCUUCAGAAUUGUAUAUGAAAGCGUUUAAACAAUCGUUCAUUCGUAUUCGACAACGUACUGCUAUGUAA